AUGAAUAACAUCUCGAUUCCGCUGUCCUACACCACUCACUCUAAAUCCGAUUUCGUCUUUCCCCGCCCUCCUCCAACACCGGGUCAGUAUCCAGCUCCCAUAUUGACCAAAGUGGACACUGUGCCCGACCGGCCGAAGAACUGGAGACUCUGGUGGAUAAGCGACAAUGUCCGGAACCAUCUUAUUGCAAUGCUGGGAGAGUUCAUUGGAACGCUGUCAUUUCUCUUCUUCAGCUUGACCGCUGUCCAAACCGCCAACAACAAAGCAGAUACGCUACCAAGAGCCGAUCUCCUAUCAACCUCGCCGAGUCUGCUGCAAAUAUCCUACAUCAGUUUUAGCUUCGGGAUAAGUCUCAUGGUCAAUGUAUGGGUCUUUUACCGAGUGAGCGGAGGGAUGUUCAAUCCGGCGGUGACUUUCGGCCUUUGUUUUGCCGGAGCCGUCCCUUGGAUCAGAGGUGCCCUACUCGUCCCGACUCAAAUGCUUGCCGGGGUGGUAGCCUCUGGGCUCGUAUCCGGACUCUUCCCUGGAGAUCUCAAGGCCCAGGUCAACACAAGUGCUGGCGUCUCUGUGUCACAGGGGCUGUUCAUCGAGAUGAUUUUGACAGCCGAGCUAGUAUUCACGAUUCUCAUGCUGGCCGUGGAAAAUCACCGCGGAUCGUUCCUCGCUCCACUGGGCAUUGGUCUUGCAUUACUUCUCGCACAUCUGAUAGGUAUCAAUUUCACGGGAGCGUGCCUCAACCCCGCCCGAGGCUUUGGUCCCGACCUUAUUCUUGGAGACUUCAAAGGCUAUCAUUGGAUAUAUUACAUCGGGCCUCUCCUGGGUGCCGCACUUGCCGCCCUUCUUUACAAGCUGCUCAAGUAUCUAGAGUAUACAACUUGCAAUCCUGACCAGGACGACGACGGACUUGAUGUUUACCGAGUUAUUGCAGGGAGAACGCAUUCAAAACUAAACAGACGGAGCAGCAUAGAGAGCUUUUCUUCCCAAGCCCCGCUCGCGUAA